AUGGCCGCAUCUUCUAGUGUGGUGAUCAAGGUUAAGUAUGGUGAUUCACUUAGGCGCUUCAGUGCCCAGAUUGUUGGGGAUGAACUUAAUUUCACUAUGGAUGGAUUGAAAAAGAAGAUCCUUUCCCUCUUUAGCUUUGACGCGAAUGCCGAGUUGAUGCUUACCUAUGUUGAUGAAGAUGGUGAUAUAGUGACCCUUGCCGAUGAUGAGGAUCUUCGUGAUGUGGUGAAACAGGAUUUGAACCCAUUGAGAAUUACUGUUAAAGUGAAUUCAAGUUCGAGUUCGACUCCCUUGUGGUCGCCUCGCAUUCAGCAGCCACAGCAAGAUCCAAACAGUCGUAUCUCUGAAGUUCUUAGAACACUACCAGGGCCGCUGAAGGAAACACUCGUGAAAGUAUCGGCUGAUUUGGCUUCCAAAGCAUCAUCCACUAAUCUUGUCCAACAACCACUGCAAAAUCUGAACACUGGUGUGUCUCAAAUUCUGAACACUGUACCAGAGCCUCUACGUGAGACUCUCCUGAAGCUUUCAUCUGAUCUAGCUUCCAAAGCAUCAUCCUCGGCUCCUGGUAGUAGUAUUAUGGAGCUUGUCGAUCACUUCUCAAAUUUGGGUCUGUCUUACAUGGAUCAGCUUUCACAGGCUGCCCAACCUGGAGGCAAUUCCUCUAUCGUUGAGGGUGGUAUUUCUAAAAGUGGCACAGCAGCAGAAGAAAAUAGGGAGUCGGGCAUCUCAGCCACACCGAAAGAUGUAUCAGGUGUGAGCUCAGACAAAGAGAGCUUGGAAAAAAUAAACCCUGAGGAUGAGGUAAACGUUUACAACGUAACUGGAGGAUCUGUUGAUCAGUCAUCUGAGAAUAUCAAUGUUGCCCAUCCUGGCAAUGCUUCUUCGCCAAAAUCAGGGAAGCCGGCCGUUACCUCGCAUAGUUCGAGAAAGAAAGAAUUGUUGGUCAAAAAGACCAUUUUGAACAAAAUAAAUGGAAAGUCUCAUUUCCUCAAUCGGCAGUCGCCUCAUGAAAAUAAUAUUGGGAAAACAGCAUGUCCUGUCAGGCCCUCUGACUUGCCACCUGUUGCAAAUCCUUUCGGUAUCACGGAGGUCACCGGUAACCUGGGUGAGACUAAAGUGGAACCAAAACCUGCUAGUGUCGUUGCUGCUGAAUCUACAAAGGGAGACUGCAUUGAUAACAGAAUGAAAUCUGAUGUUUUAAAGAGAACUUCAGGCCCAUUUUCUACUGCUAGUCCUGGCCGUUAUAUCCCGGGCAUAUAUUCUGGUUCUAUUCCCACAUAUCAGUGCCCAUUUUCUGGACUGGUUAUGGGGAGUCAGACGCCUGCUUCACAAUCUGCUACUGAAAUGGGUCCCUUGGGGUGGAAUGUUAGUCAGAAUGAUUGCAGUGAGAAUAUCUUCCAUCGUGGGAUUUGUUGUGAUGGAUGUGGGGUCCACCCCAUAACUGGCCCUCGGUUCAAGUCAAAAGUAAAGGUGGACUAUGAUCUUUGCAGCAUCUGCUUUGAAGAAAUCGGAAACAUAAAUGAUUAUAUCAGAAUGGACCGCCCAGCAGUUUACCGACCCCAUCCCCAUGUCCCCUUUAGUGGGCUGCAUGAUCGACGCAGGCAGCAACAGGUUCUCAGGAGCUUUAAUGUCAAACCAGUAACAACAAAGCCAGACAGCCUCUUCAUUCGGGAUGUGAACAUAUUUGAUGGUACUGUUAUGGCACCUUCAACUCCAUUCACCAAAAUAUGGCGGAUGAGGAAUAAUGGGACUAUUGCAUGGCCAAAGAAAACACAACUUGUCUGGAUAGGUGGAGAUAAGAUGAGCAAUGACCUCGCUGUGGAAGUACAAAUUCCUGCAACUGGUUUGAGGGUAGAUGAGGAGCUUGAUGUUGCGGUUGAUUUCAUUUCCCCCGAGACUCGUGGCCGUUAUGUUUCUUACUGGAGAAUGGCACUACCAUCGGGCCAAAAGUUUGGGCAGCGGUUUUGGGUUGCCAUUCUGGUUGAUACUUCGCUUGAAGAGUCCCCACGUGAAAGUGUUCGGGACCUGAAUCUGAACCUGCCCCCUGUGAGCUCCUCAUUUACUGGGCCUGAAAUUAUCAACAUCGAGCCUGAACCGAUGGUUGAGGACAGCUCUUAUGGGGCCUCCUACAAAUCGAAGAAGUCUGAGAAAUUACCAGUGCCGCCAAAUGCAGAUCAAGAGCUGAAAUUCCCUAUAAACGACAACUUGUUGGUUGGGGACAGUGCUGCUUCAUCAAGUACUCGUCCAUCUGAGCAAGUUUCGUACCCUAUCAUUGACAUCUCUGAUAUUGCUCCACCUGUCACCUCUGUACCGGCCCCUACCACCACAUUCUUUUCGCAAAACCCAUUUGGAAGUAUUCCAGCUGUUGGCAGUGCACAGGAGACUGAGGUUGAGCUCCCUGGAAAGAUGGAGAUGGAGGAGAAGCUUCUCAAGGAAAUGGAGGAGAUGGGAUUUAAGGAGGUUGAUUUGAAUAAGAGGAUGCUGAGGAGGAAUGAGUAUGAUUUGGAGCAAGCUGUGGAUGAUCUCUGUGGUUAUACUGACUGGGAUCCUAUUCUUGAGGAGCUACAGGAGAUGGGUUUUCAUGAUACUGAAACAAACAAGAUGCUGCUGAAGAAGAAUAAUGGGAGUAUCAAGCGCGUGGUCAUGGAUCUGAUUGCUGGGGAGAAGAUUGAGUAA